AAACGCUGGAGGAGUGGAGGGAGAAGGGAGCAGAGGGGGAUAGAGAGAACGAGGUUAAAGAGAGAGAGGGAGCCAAGGCCCAAAUAAAGCCAUGGGGGCCGGGGCUGGGCUGGGCCCCCCUUUGCUAUAAAUACGCUGGCCGCCUGGAAACUCGGGUUUGGUGGUUGGAGCUUGGGACCAUCGACCACCACUGCUGCUGCAGCCUUCCUCAAGGGAGUCUCCAUUGCCUACUUAUCUUCCUCAUCCUGGUCAUCAGUGUUUUGGGCAUCCAAGAUGCCUCGAGUAGAUGCAGACCUUAAGCUGGACUUUAAAGAUGUCCUCUUCAGACCCAAGAGGAGCAGCCUGAAGAGCCGCUCAGAGGUGGACCUUCAGAGGACCUUCACAUUCCGCAACUCCAAACAGACCUACACUGGCAUCCCCAUCAUCGCUGCCAACAUGGACACCACAGGAACAUUUGAGAUGGCACAGGUCCUCAGCAAACACACCCUCUUCACAGCCAUUCAUAAACACUACUCUGUAGAAGACUGGAAAAACUUUGCUGCUAACCAUCCAGAUUGCUUAGAGCAUGUAGCUGCCAGCUCAGGCAGUGGCAAAGCAGAUCUGGAGAAGCUGUGCGCCAUCUUGGAAGCCGUCCCUGCCCUCAAGUACAUUUGUCUGGAUGUGGCCAACGGCUACUCUGAGUACUUUGUCGAGUUUGUCAAGACAGUCAGAGAAAAGUUCCCCAAACACACCAUCAUGGCCGGUAACGUGGUAACAGGAGAGAUGGUGGAGGAGCUCAUCCUCUCCGGAGCUGACAUCAUCAAAGUGGGCAUCGGGCCAGGAUCCGUGUGCACGACGAGGAUCAAGACAGGGGUAGGCUACCCACAACUCAGUGCUGUUAUAGAAUGUGCAGAUUCAGCCCAUGGACUCAAAGGACACAUUAUCUCUGAUGGUGGCUGCAGUUGUCCAGGAGAUGUAGCUAAGGCCUUUGGUGCUGGGGCUGACUUUGUGAUGAUGGGAGGAAUGCUUGCAGGCCACGACCAGUGCACUGGGGAGGUCAUAGAGAAGAAUGGCAAGAAGGUCAAACUCUUUUAUGGCAUGAGCUCUGACACAGCCAUGAAGAAAUAUGUCGGUGGAGUUGCUGAGUAUAGGGCAUCUGAGGGCAGGACAGUGGAGGUUCCCUACAGAGGAGAUGUGGAGUGCACCAUUCUGGACGUCUUGGGGGGCCUUCGCUCCACCUGCACCUACGUGGGUGCUGCCAAGCUCAAAGAGUUGAGCAGGAGAACCACCUUCAUCCGUGUCACGCAACAGUCCAGUCAUAUGUUCGCUUAGUGGAUGGGAUGGGGGUUUACAUGUGCACAAACACUUACACAGACUGCAUAAAAUGCAUUGUACCAGUGUUAGACUGAGUCUAAAUGUGCAAUAGUGGGAUGAUAAGGGAAGAUGUACACAAACACUUUAACACCAUCACACAAUCUGCUUCUCUCAGGAUAUCUGCUGUCAGAAAGCUGUUAGUUUCCUGCAGGUUGUGAUUAAAAUAAACUCAAAUUUAACAUGAAACAUUCUCCCAAAGGUAUCACAGCACUCCAAUUAACUUAAUCCUACAGCAAGUGUGUUUACAUGCUACAAACACAUAAUACAUUCAAUGUAUGGGCAUGACUAAAUGUCCUGUUCUACUUAAUGUAACUUCCUGGAUAAAUCCUACACAAUUUUGGGAAAUGGGAUUAAGAAAGCCAGACUACUGAGACAUGUGUACUUAAGAUCUGAUCUUUCAAAAUACCCUUUUAACUUGUGUAUUUCUCCAUUAGCAGGAUAUCAAGAAUUUGAGUAUGUAUGAAACACAUUGCAUGUAAACACACUCAGCGGGAGAAAGCUGAUACUAGUGCUAAGAUCAUUUUGGGUUAAUUAUUCUGCUGAACUGUUUGCUGUUAUGAAUGUGCAUAUCAAUAUGCAAGAACCAGGGACAUCAUCCCUUUAAGUGUCACUGGAGAAACUCUGUUGCAAUAAACUGCAUGCAGGACCCUCUGCUAAUUUA